GGAAAAACAGAGCAGAGUAUCUGUAUGGCCGCCGCCGCUUCCGAGCUCCACUUCGCCGGAGACGCGCAACCCGCGGCGGCGGCGGCGCUGAUCGCCGGCGAGAUAUCACCUUCCACAUGACUCUUCAGAUGGCUCGCAAGAGGCACCCACCCAGGCACCCAGCGCUGAGGAGGUCGUCGGAGCCGCAGCCCGGCGGGAAGCAUCUCAGGCGACGGGCUCGUACCUUGCACCUCCGCUGUGUAUUGGUACUGACAUAAUCGGCUGCAAAGUGGAACAUUCAGAUGUUCUAAUGCAUCCUAAUACCCAUGGAAGCUGGGGUGUUACGCAUGAUGAUAGAGGUGUACCACAUUCUGAAGCUAUCAUACACGAAACUCCAAACAGAAAGAAUGUACACAAGACAGAGAGAAGACAUGCCGAGGCCUAUAAAUACUUCACGAGUUCACAUCCCCUUCUGCACUCAAACCAUCCCAAUGAACAGAGUUUCAAAAGAGAAAGAAGUAUAGCCCUUCAGGCUGUCACAGCACUUGUGUCUAAGAGCUCCACCUCCAUCACACCAUGACUGCAAGGUUGGCACUGCUCGCCAGCCUUCUUCUCCUGCUCCAACUGGUGCCGCCAUCCUCUGCCGUGGUGUUGGAGCUCCACGGUAACGUCUACCCUAUUGGCCAUUUCUUCAUCACCAUGAACAUCGGCGACCCGGCAAAAUCCUACUUCCUGGACAUCGACACCGGCAGCACCCUCACCUGGCUGCAGUGCGACGCCCCCUGCACGAAUUGCAACAUUGUACCACACGUGCUGUACAAGCCAACCCCAAAGAAGCUGGUGACCUGUGCCGACUCACUCUGCACUGACCUGUACACUGAUCUGGGCAAGCCCAAGAGAUGUGGAUCCCAGAAGCAAUGUGACUAUGUGAUUCAGUACGUCGACAGUUCAUCCAUGGGCGUGCUCGUCAUCGACAGGUUCUCCCUCUCAGCAAGCAACGGCACCAAUCCUACUACCAUAGCCUUCGGCUGUGGGUACGACCAGGGGAAGAAGAAUCGCAAUGUGCCCAUACCGGUAGACAGCAUCCUCGGGCUCAGUAGAGGCAAGGUUACGCUGCUCUCGCAGCUCAAGUCCCAGGGGGUGAUCACCAAACAUGUCUUGGGCCAUUGCAUCAGCUCAAAAGGUGGGGGUUUCCUCUUCUUUGGGGAUGCCCAGGUGCCAACUUCAGGUGUAACCUGGACCCCCAUGAACAGAGAACAUAAGUACUACUCUCCUGGGCAUGGAACCUUGCACUUCGAUUCAAAUAGCAAGGCGAUAAGCGCGGCACCAAUGGCAGUGAUAUUUGACAGUGGUGCCACAUACACCUACUUUGCUGCGCAGCCAUACCAAGCGACUCUCUCAGUGGUGAAAUCCACUCUCAACAGCGAAUGUAAGUUUCUUACCGAGGUGACAGAAAAAGAUCGGGCUCUUACUGUAUGCUGGAAAGGGAAGGAUAAAAUCGUAACUAUCGAUGAAGUCAAGAAGUGCUUCAGAUCACUGUCUCUGGAAUUCGCCGAUGGCGAUAAGAAGGCCACUUUGGAGAUCCCACCUGAGCACUACCUCAUUAUCUCUCAAGAGGGCCAUGUGUGCUUGGGCAUCCUUGAUGGAUCGAAGGAGCAUCUGUCGUUAGCUGGAACAAACUUAAUUGGAGGAAUUACAAUGCUGGAUCAGAUGGUCAUAUAUGACAGCGAGAGAUCGCUGCUCGGAUGGGUCAAUUAUCAGUGCGAUAGAAUUCCCCGUUCUGAGUCUGCGAUCACUUCGCGUCUCUGAAUGAACUGAAAACCAGAAUACAGGGAGGAUAGAUGGAAACAGAAAGGGACAUUCAUAUCUUAGAAAAGAAAUGAAUGAUAAAGCAUGUAUGCUUCUGCCCAUAAAUAAUGAAAUGAAGUAAUAUUUUAGCAUAUGUGAUUUACACCGGGUUUCUAAA